CUGUCAGACAUGGAUUUUAAUACACUUAAGCUCUCAGAAUAAGUUUUAAUUUUUUAAAACUAAUCGUCCUCAAAAUUUUAAAUUUGAUUUAAAAAUAUUGAUUAGUUCCAAUCAUAAUUUUAUUUUACAUAGUACAUAUAUCUAGUACGACUGACGGUGUAUUACCAUUUGACUUGUGAUUACUGGAUUCUUACUAUUUUUUAUCUGAGUUGGUAACAACCAAACAACAGAUACAAUUAUCAGAAGUAAACGUCAAAUAGAUUAGGUUAUUUUUCCUCAUCACAGUAAAGUAAUACGAAAUUUCUUUAACAAAUCACUUGUGAGUUGUGAGUUGGUAGGUGAGUUUAUAAAAAAUGGAUACCAAAAAUGGUUAUAAACUUGUAGUUCUUGGCUCUUGUAGUGUGGAUUUUACAACAUAUGCACCGAAACUGCCUAAAUCUGGAGAAACUUUACAUGGUACAAAAUUCACUACCAGUUUCGGAGGAAAAGGUGCAAACCAGUGUGUUGCUGCUGCGAAAUUAGGUGGAAAUGCCUACAUGAUUUGUAGAGUGGGGGAUGAUCAGUGGGGUAAAAAAUAUAAAGACCAUCUCAAAAAUGAAGGUGUUAAUGUGUCUUAUGUUCACAUCACAAAGAAUGAAACAACAGGCGUAGCACAAAUUGUUGUAGCAGAAAACGGAGAAAAUCAAAUCGUUAUUGUACCGGGAGCUAAUAAAUGUCUAAGUGUCCAAGAUGUAGAAGAGUCAAUUGAAUUGAUAAAAAAUGCUGAUGUUCUAAUAGGACAGCUUGAAACUCCGUUUGAAACUACUUAUACAGCAUUUAAGUUAAAUAAUGGUAUAAAACUAUUAAAUGCCGCUCCAGCGUUGACUGAUAUUCGGAAAAUUUUGCCAUUUUGUACUAUACUUUGUGUUAAUGAAUUAGAAGCAUCAGUUCUCACUAAUGUGGAUGUCACCAUUUCGAAUGCUUCAAUGGCUGCAAAAAAAUUGCUGGAAACUGGCUGCGAAACAGUUAUAAUAACACUAGGAUCUGAAGGAGCUGUUUAUAUGUCAAAAAACGAAGAAUGUCCUAAACAUGUUUUAUGUGAAGCUGUUAAUCCUGUAGAUACCACAGGUGCCGGCGAUGCUUUCAUUGGAGCUUUGGCAACAUUUCUGGUCGAGUAUAAAGAUUAUCCACUGCACCAAUUAAUCGGCGCAGCUUGUGCGGUCGCAACCAUUUCAGUUACAGUGGAAGGCACACAAACGAGUUAUCCUACGAAAAAUGAUUUCUUUUGUAAAAAGUAUGAGUACGUCCAACUGGAAUAAAAGAGGGAACAUAAAAUAAUAUGUUUAUUUGAAAAGCUAUUAUUAAUUAAAUACAUAGUAUUAUGUAAAUCUAUUAGUCCAUAAACAAAUUACUAUCCUAAUAGAACAAAUAUUUAACGAACUUAAUAAAAUGCCUCAGUAUUGUGUCUUAAGUUUAUUAAAAAAAAGGUGUGUACAUAUUAUUUCAAGCUCAAUGUGAAAAUAGCUUUUUUGAAAUAUUAAGCCCUGAUUACAUAUUUUGAACAGCAGACUGCUCGCAGCUCAUUCGAAAACCAUCGUCCGUAUCUUUUUGCGUACCUAACGUCUUCCACCGCGGGAAAAUUUUGUGAACUUUGAACAGUAGAAACGUUAAAAAAACUUAUUAUAACAAACUCUUCUUACAAUGUGCGCUCAGGCUAAAAACAUGUCUUAUCAUGUCGUGCAUUUUAAUUGGGGAAAUGAAAUAACGGGAAAUUCUGAAAUGUAGCUUGGGAAAAGAUUUUGAUCGCAUUAAUAGAAAUUUAUAAAAAUUCAGUUUUCGGAACGAUGUUGCCAACGUAAUUUCGUGGCUUGCAACAAAAACUGACAGAAUGACUGACUGACUGAAGAAUUAUCUAAGUUAAUGAUGCCUGUCUUUUCUAUUAACCAAUUAAUUGUGUUUUAAUACAAUUUAGUAUGUUUUUUUUUAUCUUCAAAAUGGUGAACAGAUAGAUGUUCAUAUUGCCUAUAUCAUAAUUUAUUUAAACAAUAUAGUAUCAAUUGUCACCACCUGCCUACCUACCUACUUAUAUUUCAAGAAUCUAUUGAUUCUAAAACUAUAAAUUUCUUUCUUACUUGCAUAGCAUUACUAAUCAUUAAAUGUUAAUUUUUUGUUUCACAUAAACUAUUAUUAAAUCUCUACAUAAAUACAUAGAAUUAAAUCAGUUGAAUGAAAACAAGUUAAACAUUACUUGGCUGACUUUUAUUUUUAAGCGAGUUCUUGAGUGUUGAACUUAUGCAUUGCAAAUUCACUCAGCUCACAAUAUGUAAUAUUUAUUUCUCUUACACAAAAAAAACAUACAAUGAUAGUACAUUAAAAAUUAUAUUUUCAUCA